UUGUCCCUUCCAUUAUACAUCUUCAUGAUCAUCUAAUCGAAUCAGCAACCUCUUUUCUAUUCAUUGCAAAAACUCUCACAAAAAGAAAAUGGUGCUUUCUCAAAAGCUUCACGAAGCAUUCAAAGGCACUGUAGAGAGAAUCACAGGCCAUAGAACCGUUUCCGCCUUCAAAGAGAAAGGUGUUCUUAGUGUCUCCGAGUUCAUAAUCGCCGGUGAUAAUCUCGUUGCUAAAUGCCCCACUUGGUCUUGGGAAUCAGGUGAGCCAAGCAAGAGGAAGUCAUAUUUACCAUCUGAGAAACAAUUCUUGAUUACUAGAAAUGUGCCUUGUCUGCGGAGAGCUGCAUCCAUUGAAGAAGAAUAUGAAGCUGCCGGGGGGGAAGUUUUACUUGAUGAUGAAGAAAAUGAUGGUUGGCUAGCAACUCAUGGAAAGCCAAAAGAAACUAAAUCUGAUGAAGAAGAGAAUUUACCUUCCAUGGAAAGUCUAGAAAUCAGCGAAAAGAGUUCUGUUAAGCAAACAUCUUCUCACACGGGAGGUGAGGACGAUGAAGAUAUUCCUGAUAUGGAAGAGUUUAAAGAAUAUGACAACAUUAUUGAGACAGAUCCUUCUACAUAUCUAGUAGCUCAUGAACCUGAUGAUGAUAAUAUUCUACGGACCCGCACCUAUGACAUCAGCAUCACAUAUGAUAAGUAUUAUCAAACACCCCGUGUGUGGCUUACCGGGUAUGAUGAGUCAAGAAUGCUAUUGCAACCAGAACUUGUCCUUGAAGAUGUUAGUCAAGAUCAUGCACGCAAAACGGUAACAAUUGAGGACCACCCUCAUUUGCCUGGGAAGCAUGCAUCUAUUCAUCCAUGUCGACAUGGAGCAGUGAUGAAGAAAAUCAUUGAUGUGUUGAUGUCACGUGGAGUUGAGCCUGAAGUUGACAAGUACUUGUUUUUGUUCUUGAAAUUUAUGGCCUCUGUUAUUCCAACAAUUGAGUAUGAUUACACCAUGGACUUUGAUCUUGGUAGCUCCAGCAAUUGACUAAGGCUCAGCAUGGCACUAAAUUGGGGAUUCAUGAAUCAUGAUGCAUCUUCUCAGAAGUAUCUGCUUGUUCUAGUAUUACACGGGCAAAAUAUAUCUCUCACCAACACUUUCUUUGUUUCUGCGCACAUUAAAACUGUGUAUAAUCCCUGAUCGUUUACACAGUAAUUGUAUAUGUAAAGUAUGGUCAUUUGAAGUGUAACUGUCUAGAAUUUGGGCAAAUUUCAUUGGAGUUAUGUACAUAUUUGAAAUACCACAUUCUUAAGACUGUUGCUCAAAAACCAAAAACUAUGUUUUCUCUCUGAUCUUUCUAAUAAUUUUUCUUGAAUUUGACCAAUA